UUUCCUGUGUUUGACUUUCGAAAAGCAGCCCAACUACUCGGAAGGCUGUCAAAUCCAGUGCAUGUUUGUAGGUCUGCACGGUGAUAGAGUUUUCGGAUUUCUGGCCAGGGCAUGCACACAGCGCUAUGUUUUCGAUGAGGAAUACAACCAUCUUCCUGGCUGUAGUGUGAAAGUCGGAAUUAGUGAGCAACAGUCAUGGAGGGAAGUGCUUCAGACCAACAGAAAACGCCCCAGGAACAACUGGAAGAUGCUGCGCGAUCCGGAAACCUUACAGACGUGAGGCGAUUGACAGAGAAGGGCAAUGUUCUCCCCGGAAAAUGCCUCGCCCUGCACUGGGCGUCGAUCAAUGGCAGAUGUGAUGUAGUUAGGUAUCUACUCGGCAACGGUUGUGAUGUGAAUACAGUCGGUGGAAACUUGCGCUCAUCGCCACUCUACUGGGCUACGUAUUCGGCAAAGCUGGACACCGUGAUGUUGCUGAUGAAGAGUGGAGCGGAUCCUUCCAUUCCUGACUGCAACGGUGUAAGUCCACUGCAUCUUGCCUCACACAAUGGUGACUGGAAGAUUGUUGCCUACCUGGUAGCGUGUGGACAGGACAUUGAUGUGAGAGAUACCGAAGGCAUGACUCCACUGAUGAUUGCUUGUCGCUUUUCCAAAAGGGGUGAGAUGACACAAUUUUUCAUUCGUCGCGGUGCCGCACUUCAGGCAGUUGAUACGGUCAAUGGAAACACGCCUCUCCAUUUAGCCAUCCAGGAAGGGAAUCACCUUGCCAUAGAACAACUGCUCAAGGCUGGUGUUAGGCUGGACGUCACUAAUGCUGCUGGACUUACCCCUCUCGAGUGUGUCUCCUCCGGCACGGCCACCAACCAGACCCUGCUCAACGUGAAGCGGCUGCGGGACCAGCGUGCCAACACUGUCAACGCACUGUUCCACUGCCUUCGCCUUGAUCCCAUCAAGAGUCGUCAAGUUCUUAGUUCCAUUAUCCCGGGUAUCUGCAUUGGACUGGUGGCAUACAGUGCUACUUUCUCAUCCUGGAUGUUCAUGAUCCUAUCAUGGAUCUGCAUUGCCAUGGGGACCGCAACGACCAGUUUCUACUUGCACACGGAUCACCCAGCGUUUGAGCAACCCUUACUCUAUGGUCUCUACCUGGGAACCAAGUUCUGGAUGUUCGUCACCUGGUUCUUCCUCUUCUGGCCUUAUGUCAACAUUCUCAGUCUGAAUAUAACCAUGCUCGUCCUGACCAUACUGCUCUUCCGCUGGAACAUCAGAAGUGUGACCAGCGAUCCAGGUUACUUGCGGCCCAGCAGAUCUGAAUGGAACAAGACCGUUAAGAAGGUGUUGGAUGGGGGCAACGUAGAGCUGGAGCUUUGUCAGACAUGCUUUAUCAAGAAGCCACUGCGUAGCAAGCACUGUGUGUACUGCGACAAGUGCGUGUCGUGCUUCGAUCACCAUUGUCCUUUUAUUAUGAAUUGUGUUGGCGAGCGCAAUCAUCGCUACUUUGUGCAAUUCUUGGCAGUACUUGGAUUGAUCAACCUCAUCUUCAUGUAUGGAGCGUAUCGAUACUACUCGCUGUCCUGUCUGACUGUGAAGAGUGGUGCUCCCAUGGUGGUUAACCUGUCAGCCAUUGGCACUUGCUCACCGUGGGUGUUUACUCUCAGCCUGCAGUCCAUACUAUACACACUGUGGAUCUUUGCACUGCUCGCCUCACAGCUCUACCAGAUUUCCAGGGGCUUCACAACCAAUGAAUAUAUCAACAGAGCGCGCUACGACCAUUUCAAUCUCAAGACAGGACAACCAGCGAAACCGUUCCAUCGUGGUAUACUGCAGAACUUUGUCAACUUCUUCCGGUGCUCCUGUCUGGGCGUGUGCAAAGUGGAGCAGCAUCAGUGGCACUCUGAGUACGACAUCGGCAAGUACACAGACUCCAGCCUGCUCCGUGGGUCCUCGAAGGAUCGCCGUCGCCACGGCCCGUCAUCUCGCCGGUCUAGCACCCGCAUGCACAGCAGAGCCAGUGAGAGCCGCAGUAAGCCUUGUAGUGGGAAGGAGUGUGAUAGAUCAGGGCAGUUCGGACAUGCCAAUGACACGGCAUCAAGAUCUUCUCCUGUUGAGUCCAUCAGUCACGUGUAGGGAAAGUGCGUCAGCCGUGAAGACGGCAGGGGAUGUAUUCUGCCUGCUGUGCUCGGCUCAGUGGAAUCAUAGCACAUGAUCUCCUGGCAUGCAGGCAAGCCGGACACGAGUGUGUGUGUGUGUGUGUGUGUGUGUGUGUGUGUGCGUGUGUGUAUAUGUGUGUGUGUGUGUGCACGCGUGUGUGUAUGUGUGUUUGUACGCAUGUGCGUUGUAAAACCACGACAGCCCACAGUAUGGCAGAUUCAAAUCUACCCGACACAUCUGACCGGACCAGUUGCAUCUGCAGCCUUCAAUAUCAUCGCUCCGAGUGUAUAUGUAGCAUUCGCUGCCCUGCGUGAACUGCUUGAGCAAUGCCGGUAGAUCUACUAGCGCCAGUUUUCAGGCUGUUUUCCAGUUCCUGCACACUGGUCUCACUCCUUGUUGGCACUUGGGAGCACGUGUGUUGAGCUCCUGAGCAGUGCUGGUCAGCUGGUGCCAUGCUGAUACUUUGAAGUGCGGAGCUCAGCAUUGCUGGUCAGCAAAAAAUGUAGUCAGCAACGUUCGGUUUGGUUUUGACAAUGAAAGCACUUUACUACAAGUUCAUUCAAUCUCAACACAACUCAUCUACCCUGCAAGCUAGAAGUCUUUCAUUCCUCAAAUCAACUACACAAUGGGCACACGUAAUUACACAUGACCCAGUAGGCAAUGUACUUCUGCAGUAGGUGCUUGAAUAAUCGAAGAUGGGCGGCCUAUUUUCAUAUCUUUUUAUACUGCUGUGAUCACUUACGAACGCAUCUUUUCUAAAUUAGUAACUGAUUGUAAUCUGCUGGCCAGCUUUUUGUAACUCAUGUAUGGUCUCUCUCUCUCUCCACUUUUGUCAAGGUAUAUGUCUGUGUGGUGUUCUCUGGACAUGAUCGUUUCCUGCCAUUGGCUGUAUGAGAGUAUGUGUGCACUCUUCCACAUCGAGUGUGAAUG